AGAGAGGACUUAUCUCCAGCAUCUAGCACUACAGAGCAGAGGCUGUGUGGAGAAUGGCUGAAAAAUCAGAAUUGGUUGUAGAAGCAGUUUUCUUUCUGGUUGUGAGUAUGAGCCCGGCAGACACCAUGAGCGCUGUUGCAGGGGAGUCAGCCUGUGCUUGACACAUGUGUUUCCCAUUGAUAGCUGGAGACAGCCCAGUAGCUGUGAGUCGGUCUGACAAAGCCAUAUUGAAGUACAGAGUACGGUUUCAAAGCAGUCAGAAAAAGAACGGGAAUGCUGUUCAGGAAAUUCUUCAGGCAUGGGCAGGGACUUGGCUGCAGUUCUGCAGUUGGAAAAUCUGACUGGGGCAGCUUCUGAGCGCAGGCUGGGCCUGCACACACUCAGCCGGCCGAGUGGCCACCUCCUUCAGAGCUGCUCAGCACGCCCUGGGAUCGCUGGCGGUUUUCAUCGCCGGUUUGUGAAACGGACAAGAGAGAGACAUUACUGCCGGGAUUGUUGAGUGAAGGGACCAGGUGGAGAUGAUGCCUCAGGAACAGUACACUCACCACCGGAGCACCAUGCCCGGCUCCGUGGGGCCACAGGUAUACAAGGUGGGGAUUUAUGGCUGGCGGAAACGAUGCCUGUAUUUCUUCGUCCUGCUCCUCAUGAUUUUAAUACUGGUGAACUUGGCCAUGACCAUCUGGAUUCUCAAAGUCAUGAACUUCACAAUUGAUGGAAUGGGAAACCUAAGGAUCACAGAAAAAGGUCUAAAGCUAGAAGGAGACUCCGAAUUCUUGCAACCUCUCUACGCCAAAGAAAUCCAGUCCCGACCAGGUAAUGCCCUGUACUUCAAGUCUGCCAGAAAUGUUACAGUGAACAUUCUCAAUGACCAGACUAAAGUGCUAACUCAGCUUAUAACAGGUCCAAAAGCCGUAGAAGCUUAUGGUAAAAAAUUUGAGGUAAAAACUGUUUCUGGAAAAUUGCUCUUCUCUGCAGAUGAUAAUGAAGUGGUAGUAGGAGCUGAAAGAUUACGAGUUUUAGGAGCGGAGGGCACAGUGUUCCCUAAAUCUAUAGAAACACCUAAUGUCAGGGCAGACCCCUUCAAGGAACUAAGGUUGGAGUCCCCAACCCGGUCUCUAGUGAUGGAGGCCCCAAAAGGAGUGGAAAUCAAUGCAGAAGCUGGCAAUAUGGAAGCCACCUGCAGGACAGAGCUGAGACUGGAAUCCAAAGAUGGAGAGAUUAAGUUAGAUGCUGCAAAAAUCAGACUACCUAGACUGCCUCACGGAUCCUACACGCCUACAGGAACAAGGCAGAAGGUCUUCGAGAUCUGCGUCUGCGCCAAUGGGAGAUUAUUCCUGUCUCAGGCAGGAGCUGGGUCCACUUGUCAGAUAAACACAAGUGUCUGCCUCUGAAAGACUAUCCAUAGUGGACAUUGUUGGCAGCAUAAAGGCCUUUUUUGGCUUUAGACACUGGCUGCCAGCUAUUUUUACUAGAACACAGAAAGCCUAUCAAAGACCUUGUGUGUAUGUGUACGUGUGUGUGCGUGCUUGAGUGUGUUUGCGUGUGUGGGUGGAUAUAAAUAUAUAUAAAUAUAUAUAAAUAAAUAUAUAUAUCCUCUGUAUAAAAUGAGGUUUCAGUACAAAAGGAACCAUGGGUGACCCUGCAAUAUCCACUGUCAUUUUCCAUCCCAUCCCCACCACCUGUGUGACAGAAAUCUAAACACACAUCCAUCCCCAACAUUCCCCAGACUAUUCAGAAUCACACAGCGUAUUGAACACUGACAGAAUCUUCAUCUAGAUGUUUGAGUAGCAGCAUAUCUUCUCCUUUAGUGCCAUAAAGAGGGAGUGAUGGCGGGAAUCUCAAAGUCGCAUUCAAGCUCUGAGACCUUUGUAUCAAAAGUAGGCAUUUGAUUUCCUGUUUUGGCUUUAGUAAGGCUGGCUAACUUCCCCCUCUUCAAGCUAGGGACCGGCAACGCUGUGGAAGUCAGCCGUAGGAACUCAAAAUGGCUGGCCUACCUUGGCUACCAAACAUAUUGGGGUUUUUGUAGUUGAAUGAAUGAGGAGGAUGAAUUUCAGCAAAUUUUGAACUGCUCACCCAACUUCUGCUAUCUUGCUCCCUCCAAAGUCACAGAUUCUCCUACAGUCAAAUUAGGAGCUGUAAAUCAGCACAAAAUAAGAUAACAGCUGCUCCUCAGUCAGCUGGAAGCUACUCAAUGGCCUGACGGGCAACGAACAAACGGGUGAUAUAUCUGUUUUUUAAAGGAAAAAUGGCUUAAAAGCUGUUCUGUUCUCACUUCUGACUUUAACCAAAAGAUUUCAACCCACAAUGAUCAGGUCAAUCAAAAUCCCUAAGAGCAGAACUCCUACCCCAAAAGAAGCCUGGAAGUCUAAUUAAGUGUAGCAUCAGGAACCUAAUUAUGUUUACUAUGUUUCUUGGGAUUGGUGGGUAAUGUCAAAAUAUGCCCUUUAUUUUUAAAGGCAUUCACAAACUCUCUGACUUUGAUCUUAUGUAUUUUUUUCAGUGCCGGGAUAUUCAUAUUCCUAAAGCCACUAUUGUGCUUUCUCUAAGAAGCACUACAUGCCACCAGAAUUGCUCACUGAAAGAUAACACAAACUGAGUGUCUUUAUGAGAAUCACUGUGUCCCCCUGGGGCCCAGCAGUACCUGCUUCCCUGUAUGUGGAAGCAGCACCUCAUUCCCGCCAUCAGCUACCUCUCAUCACCCCACCUUCAUCAUCAUGCUCCAGGGUCACCCUGGCCAGCUCUUGUGCUGGGACAGGGGAUUACACCAUCUCUGUUCAAAGAGGGGGAAAUGUGCCUAUGCCUUAAGUCAAUGCACUCAGCAAGGAGAAGCACAUCUUAUUUAUCUUGUUACCUAUAGUUUAUUUUGGGUGAUUGGAGGGGAAUGAUUUAGUUAUGACUGGACAUCUUAAAAGCUGAUAGACAAGCCAAAUGGCUGGCAGAUGUGGAUUUCAAAGAGCCCAGAAUGAACUCAUCACUGGCUUAGACAGUCCUGGAUGCCAUUUGGAAAGCAGUGGCCCCGCAAGCCUAAAUGAAGUAGUAUUUGUAGUAGUAUUUGCAUUUUUCUUUUCCCUCAACAAGGUGUUACUUUUUCUUACUUUACAAGCAAGGGAAGUUUUGUGACAGGAGAGAAAUAAAAGAUUUGAUAUUUUUUGAGAUGACACUGAAGCAUCAGGCUGAGAUUUGCACACAUGGGAUGUAAAAGCAAUCUGUGUGUUGCUUAGCCACUUAGAAGUAGAUGGUGGGGGACAGUGGCAUGGGUCCUAGCCUGGCCAGUGAUGCUGCUGGCAUCCAGACCCCAAACUCACUCCAAGCACUCUUGUUCAAUAUCUCAUGCAGAAGAGUUGGGCUGGUCACUCUUAGGGGUGAGACCCAGUGAUUGGUUGGUUUGUAGCAUUAAGGUCUAAAAAGGAAAACCAUAAAAGACAUCAGAUUACUCUGGAUCAGUAUAAUUAAUAUUCCAUAGGGCCAUGUUGCCAGAAUCUGUAUGUAUCAACACAGGGUUUUUCCAAGCCAGGAAGCGCCCUCCUUGGCUACUAGGAGCACCUAUCCCAUAUCAUUCAGAUAAACAAUAAUAGCUACAAAGUCAUUUGUGGCUAGAUAGGUUAAGACAGGUGAUUUUUUAAAGCAGACUGUCUUUGCAUUUUGCCAUCUCAAGUUCAUUAAUCUUUAGAUGACAAAAAAGGAAAAAGUUCCCAGAACCUUUUUCCUUAGAUUUUGUUCUAAUCACCACGUGAAAGAAUGAGAUUAGCGCCACAAGUUUUAUGCCAAUAAAAGAGACUGGUGUGAUCCCACAUGCAAAAUUUAAUCCUGAGGGUAGUGAGAUCACAAACAGAAUAAAAAUAAGAGCAAUCAACCAUAUAAAUCAAGUACCUAUUGGGAACAGAUAUAACAUUCUAUUUUUCAUUUAUGCUAAGUGACCACAAUAUACAAAGUAAUAAGCAGUAAAUUUGAUAUGGGUUAAAUUAUGCAUUUUGUUCAGAUUUUGGAAAUUGGUAGUAAAAUGCAUUUAUAAGUUUCUCAAUGUACAUCUUUUCAUCCCAACACCCUCAAACUAGAAUAUCUGUCGAUGGUCAAGAGAAAAAUUUUACCUGAAUUCUUGGGGGUGGGGGAGAAGCUUUUACAUUAAAAUCUACUAACGCCUACUUUUUAAAAAAUGAGAUUCUUUCUAAUUUUUAUAUAUGAUAUUUUCUAGACAAUCGCACCUUUGGGUAUAUUAAACAGCUGGUAUCAUAACAGUCCAAAUGAACCUUCAAUAUACUAGAAGUUCUAGUAUGUUAAUAUUGUUCAGAAGAUUUUUACAAAUUAAAAACUGAUUUCCAAAUAUAUUCAACAUUUACUUCUAUUUGAUAUCUGCUCAAGAAGUCAUAGAAGUCUCGGGAAACUAUUCGAGUAUCACAGAGGUUUUCAAAAGCCCUUAUGGUGACAUCUACCUAGGUAAAACCUGACAUGUGGCUUUAUAAUUGUUAUGUUACCCAAGGGAUAGAUGUUAUAAACUUGAGCUGGCUUUGAACAUCCUUUAGGUCAUUUUCUCUUUGGAUAAUUUUCAUCGCAUAUCCAGCAACCAUAGACCAAAGUUUGCUUGAGGUUUGACCCUAGAGCAGAGAUCGGCAAACUAUGACCUGGAAACCAAAUCUGACUCACCACCUUUUCCUGCAAUUAAAGUUUUAUUGUCACAUAGCCACAUACAUUCAAUUACAUGUUUUCUGAUUUUACACUACAGCAGUGGAUGGAGUAGUUGUGUCAGAGACUAUGUAUCCCACAAAGCAUAGAUUACUUACUAUUUAGUCCUUCACAGAUAAAGUUUCCUGACCCCUGACCUAGAGGUUUUUGUGGUAUGCAUUGGAUAUAGCAGGAAAGAAAGCACCUUUCCAAACAGCAGGGAGUAAGCUUACUUUUCUGUGUAGGCUUGGGAAUAUAGUUACUUGGCAAAGUCUUUCAGGAAGGAAGCCCUUCCUUAUGUUACAUGUGGAAAGCCUGCCUUCCAAGACAUGUGGAAGUAAGUGAUCCUCCUGCCAGAGAAACACAGGCUCAGAGGAUUCCUGGGAACAGGGAGGAUGGGAUUAGUGGAAGCUUAGUGGAAAAGGAAAGUUAUCAUCCUCCAAGACCCUUAAUAGAUAGAACAUACCAGGUUCUGCAGGUCAGCAUCAUUGUGUAAUGAGAAGUGAAGUAGGGGACCCUGUGGUUUAACCUUAGAAUCUCUUUCCUGUAGGCUCUUUCUGCUGUCUAUAUUCAUAUAAAGUUUUCCACCUCACCCUCCCACAGUCUAGAGAGAUGCCCAUUCCAUGGUCCUCCAGAGAAUAGUUUUGACUUAACAUGUCUUUUUAGCCUGCAUCACGUCAGUUAUCAACACCGCCACUGUGCUUACUGUUCCUACAGCCACACCAGGCUUGAAGAGUUAGUGGGACCAAUAAAUAAUUGGAAGUAUUGGAAAAAGCAACUUAAAAUACGUGGGGACAAAAAAUACAGUAAAAUUCUUUUUAUCAAGCUGAUGCUGUGAGAAACCAGAUGAAUGCCAGUUUGGCUUUAUUUCUAAGAAUCUGGGUCUUCGUUCUCUGGUGUAGAAGGAAUGCAAAAAGAACAAAACAAAAACAAAACAACAUAUUUUGAAAAGACAUAUUCUGACAUCUCUGCUUGCGUGUGGUAAGGCAGGCUCCUAUCAGACAUUUAUCCCUUUGGUCAACAUCCCUUUUGCUCAUCCAGGGCUUCAUACUCAAUAUUGCUUAAAAAAAAAAAAAAAGUAUCAGCUGUGGAUGACUCUUUGGAAGUAUGAGUAUCAUGGUGGGGAGGAAGGAUUUUUUUUAAAAUGUAAACGACCCCCAUUUACCAGACCCUAAUCAAAGUCACUUAAGGGAAUCCCUCAGCCUUUUAUUUGGAAACAGCUGAAAUAAACUGGCAGCAGCUAGAUCAGAGUAUCUUGCUUUAUUUUAGGCCAAAGGUAGUAUGAGAUUUGGACCAAAAAGGUAGAUAGAUCCAUUCUAGCACCUGAUACUGAUUUUUCAAGGCUCUAUUAAAGGUCAAAAAUUUCAUUAAACGAGACCAGUUCUCCCUCUUCCCCCUUGUCCCAAGAAAUCUUAGGCAUGAAAAGGAUAAGGAAACAGCUCCUGGAAUGAUACAUUUGCAUGGUGCCCUAGUAGCAGGUUGGGAAAAAGUUAUAAGAAACAACUUUCGAAAACAGGACUUUUAUCUCAGAGAUAAAAUGUCUCUCUUGUGGUCUUUCAUCACUAUCUCUGUGGUGGAAGGUUCCCCUAGUUCCAACAUAUUUCCAUUAAAAUAGUCAAAGCCACGGCAUUGGGAUGUCAGAUGCAUCUCUUUCUUUGUGGUAAUCGGAAUUUAAAAUUAUACAGUUGCCUCUGAAUUUCUCAUGCACAAAGCCAAACCACUGAUAAGAGAUAAAGCAGUCUGAAGCCUGCUGCUUCAGCCAGCACAGCACAGCACACGCACUUGCACUUUCAAAAGCAAUGUGAGUUCUAUGGUUCUUAAAAGCUUUCUUCAUAACAGAGUCCUUGAAAUUUCUCAAGGCAGGUCUGAAUGGCAAAGGGAAAAUAAUUACUUGUGGGAGGUCCUCCUUUUGAGUAUUGUUAGAGCACACAUGUAAAAGAAAAGAACCUUUUUGGGGCAACUCAUGCUCACACAUGCUGUUUUCUUUGGUUCUCCUGCUACCUUCAUUUUGUAGAUAUUGAUAGAUUAGGAGGAAAUUAGCAUCCUUAUUUGAGAAAGAGCAAGAAUGUCACGAGCCCUUGAUGCAAUAGUAAAUGUGAUGUCAUCAUACAGUGUUAAUGAUGCUAUCAAAUCCAUCAAUAAACAGUCUCAAACCUUCCAACAACAGUGCUCACUGCUGCUCCUCAACUUCAGCCCAGCAAGCAGUAAUAUCAUCACCCAUUUUGAGAUUUGCAGGUGGAAUAGAACAAAGAAACAGCCACUGUAAUCGAGAAGCAUGUUUAGUGUCUAAAUCCACCUGUUGCAAUGGGAAGCCAGAGUGGGGUUCCAAAUGCCUCAUUAAGUAUGUGGACAGUCCCACUAGUAAGUGAGUGAAUUUGGCUUCAUCACUGAACAUUAGCUAAGGUCAGCUUAAUAACACAAAUAUGAGGCCAACUUCUUUGCGAGAAGAGAAAAGAAAACAUCUGCUUGAUCUAAAAUCCACCCCACAUGCCUAGAGUUGUCUAAUAGUCCCUCAGUCUCCAAUGGCUUCACAUCCUACUUCUACAUUUGGGGUUUUUGGUGAAAUCAGAGAUAACUCAGAAUUUCAUAAAGUGAGAAACUCCAAACUGGUCUAUUAGGUUCCAUGGGAACACUUGUAGCCAAAGGAUUGUCUGAGGGCAGGAAGACGACACUUGUCAACAAGGAAGACAGUGUUUCUUUAGUUCCCAUAUUCAUCUAAUUCAUGGGGUUCUAACAUUUUGGGGGGCCAUAGAUUCUUUUGACAAUCUGAGCCAAUCUAUGAAACUUCUCCCCAAAAAGAACCACCCCACAAAAUCUUUCAAAACAUAAGAGAUUUUCCUGGAUCUGAAGCCUACCCUAAGACAUGGGAAGAGUUGUAUUCUAUUAUUCAAUUGUAAGAAUAUUUAUUAAUAUGCACUGAGCUAUUACUAGGCACUGUGCUAAACAUUUUACAUACAUUCUUCUAUUUCAUCCUCAAAACAAUCCUUUGAGUUGGGUUCUAAUAUAGUUCCAAUAUUCGGAUGUGAAAACUGAGGCUUACAGUGGCUAAGAAACUUGCCCAAAGCCAUUACCUAGAAAAUGGCAGAGCUGGAAUGUAGCUUUAACUCCUGACCACUAUGCUAUAAAGUCACCACAUGUCAAACUAAUUUUCAAGUUGUUGGGACAUGUCCCCUACUAGGUUUUAAACUAGAUCUUCUUUGGUAGAUGAAGCUAUAGAACUUCUAUUUUCCCUGCUUUCUAUAGUCUCUCACAGUGACAGCAUCUAUACUAAAGUAUAGAUACCUAAGGGGAAAAUAUAGAAAGCCUGCCUGAAUAAUAGAAUCUAGAACAAAAGAAAAUAUUAAUUUGUUCUGUGUAUGCUCAAGUCAAGCUUAAAAAAAAAUAGACCAGAAAAUACCUGGGUUGUUAGCCUCACAUUUAGGAGAAAAUUGUAAUACUCAAUUAUCUGUGGGUGUGGCUAAACAAGUCAGCAUUUCUGCACACAUAUAUCUCUUUCCUUUAUACUUCCCUUCAAAAGACAAAUACCUUACUUUUGAUCUUUGACACUAUUUGGUCAGUAUUCUUCUCCACCUUUACUUGUGGCAAAACUCAAGGAAGCUCAUUUCUAUCAUUGUCUCUGUUUCCCUAUAAGAAAGAACUAGCAGGGACUUACUGACUGCAUUAGGCAUACAAUGUCAGAGCUGAGCUGACCACUCUGGUUCCGUAAUGGCUUUGGCCUCACACCUUGGCAGCCAUCAUUAAUGGCCCAUACCCUUCCCCAAGUGCAGAAUUCUCCUCCCCAGAGCACUCAGGCUGUCACUACCAAUUUAUCUGAGUUGGAAAUGAGACUCAUUUGCCACUUCUUAUUUUUAAAGUGGCACCCUUUAACUUUGAACCUGUAUAUUUUACUGGCAUCCUAGAUUCAGCAAUGAGGUUGGUGGUGUUUCAACUAGGAAGGGAGAAAAUGAGUGCAUCUGAAGUUCCUUACAGCUUGGUUUCUUUGGAAUGCUUUCAUCUUCUAAGCAAAGGGAUCAGGGUUUGAUCUGUAAGAGUUAAAAAGACAAAGUCGUUUUGAAGAAUUAACUCAGCCAGGGAUCAUGCAAAAAGAUUAGAAACCAGAAUGCCCUUGUUAAAGCCCUGCUGUCAACCUGCCUUCACCCAGAGCUUAGAGGGCCACAGCAGCAAAGAGGUUGGGGUCCAUCCUGCUCUGAUGUGCUUUUUCCACAACACAUAUCUGGUCCUCUGGGAGGACUGUGGAUAGAGCUCCUCACCAUACCCAAAAGACUCAGCCCCAGUGCCAGUGCUUGCCUGGUUCAACAACCCUCCACAAAACCUUAGUAAAGGGAUGAGCCAAAAAUGAAAAAGACUCUACUCUACAGUAAGUCAGUCAAGGAUUUCCGUUUUAAUGGUUUAAGACAUCCAAAUGGCAAGCCAGGAAUAGAUACCAUUAAAGGGUCUCAUAGGACUAAUCUCACCAGAGCCAGAAAUCUAGCUCUCUGGAAGGGAUGCAAGAUUCUAGAAAAGUAAAGGGAAGUGUUGGCACAUCUGAAUUUAGUGAACACAAAAUUAACUUAAUUUUUAUCUAGUCUUUCUGUGACGGAGGGAAUAAAGUUUUUCAUGUAUCAACCACCUCCCCCAGUCAGGUUUCUCCCUUUUUGAGAUUAUGAAGAAGCUGAGACAUACUUCUUAAGGAGGUCGUGUUUUAGAAGGAAAAGGCAGAGUCUAUCCAUGAUUAUGCUGGCUUGAUGCGCUUCUGAAGAAGCCAGAUUCUGAUGUUCUUAACCAAAAUGGUGAGGUCAUGGAAGUCCCAUUUGCUUGGAGAUUUUGAAAAAAAAAAAAAAAAAGAAACCCAUUCCCAUAAAGCAACUGAGUUCAGCCUUUGGAUUAUUUUUGGUUUGGUUUUUCUCUGGUUUUGGAUGUGAUGUAAGAAGAGCUUUUUAGUUUUGUUUUGAAUAACAUCAAUCCUUGCACACUCUAUGCAAAAAUUUUGUAAGCAUUGCAAUAAUGCUAUGAAUUACAAGGAACUAUUUUAACUUUAUUACACUUUCUGUAUAAAAAAUUUGUAUUUAAUAUUAUUUCGACUGCAGUCUUGUAAAAUAUAUUAAUAAAAAUAAUGAUUGGUAAGAAGGAAA